AUGCCAUGGAAGACAUUCGAUGAGUGCUCCGGCUCGUGGAAGUUUCCCGCAGGCUUGAUGCAGUUCCUUAUCGAUGCUGGCUUCAAGUGCCCGACGCCUAUUCAGGCCUACACUUGGCCAGUGCUCAUGGAGGGCAAGGAUGUAAUUGGUGUGGCAAAGACCGGCAGCGGCAAGACCCUCGGAUACCUUUUGCCGGGAUACAUCAAGGUGAAGCGAAAUGAAGGCAAGGGCAACUGUGACUUGAGCAGCGGGCCCGGAAUGCUGGUUAUGGCACCAACGCGUGAACUUUGCCAACAGAUUUAUGAGGAGUCUGAACGCUUCGGCAAGCCAGCACGCAUCGACACCGCAUGCGUCUAUGGCGGAGCUCCGAAAGGACAGCAGGUCCGCCAGCUGCGGAACCGGCCUCACUGUGUGGUGGCCACACCCGGGCGCCUGAACGACUUCCUUGGAAGCCGCGAGCUCUCCAUCAGUCAGUGCGAUUACCUAGUCUUGGACGAGGCUGAUCGAAUGUUGGAUAUGGGCUUUGAGCCCCAAAUCAAGGAGCUCACACAUUACUUGCCAGGGGAUAGGCAAACCGCGCUUUACACUGCCACGUGGCCUCGUGAAGUCAAGGAGAUCGCCGCCCGCUUGACAAAAGACCCGACUCACAUCCAAGUGGGUUCGGAGGAUUCAGCCUCUGCAAACGCGGACAUCACGCAGCACAUUGUGAGGGUCUACAAUGAGAAAGACAAAAUGCGCUUCCUUGAAGGAACCAUCUUCCCAGAGUUGCAGCGAACAGGCGGAUCGGGCUUAAUCUUCGUCAAAACCAAGAAGGCCGCUUCCGGAUUAUAUCAUGAACUUUCACGCGUGGGCGCGCCCAUCGUGUGCCUCCAUGGUGACAUGGACCAGUCUGCUCGCGAUCACGCUCUGCAUGCCUUCAAGACCGGCAUGGCCAAGGUUCUUGUCGCCACCGACGUGGCCCAGCGAGGUCUUGACAUCAAGAACGUGCAGUUUGUCGUAAACUACGACGCGCCUUCGAACCUGGAGGACUACGUCCAUCGAAUCGGGAGAACCGGCCGAGCAGGAGAGAAGGGAGAUGCCUACACUUGCCUUUAUGACUCGGACAGCAGCAUUGCAAACCAGAUCAAGAAGGUUUUCCAGAAGACAGGUCAGCAAAUCCCGAGCGAACUCGCACAAAUUGCUUCUGGGGGUGGUGGAAUCGCCCAGCAAUGGGGCCGUGGAGGCGGCGGUGGUGGCGGCGGGCCUGUUCUGAACGGCGAGUGGGGCGGCAAGUACGCGCAGAGCGCAGGAGGCUACGGAAACCAAGGAGGAUGGUGA